CCAAACUAUUUGUUUCCAAUAUUGGUAUACAAAGUGCUUUGCUAAAAUGGAUUUAUCAGGACAUAAACUCGAUGAAACAACUUUUAUGAAGAAGUCUGGCAGUACCGUUAGGAACCCAGCUUACUCCAGAUCUCACAAUGUGAUCCCUCAACUCUAUGUGAUGGAAUGGAAGACUGAUAUGGCCAAUAGGAAUCUCAUUAUUAAGAAUGCAGAAACAGGAGGAAUCCCUCACCACGAGCAUGAUGAAAAUUUAUAUCUGGAGAAACGAGAACAGAUGUCCUACAAUGUAGAAAACCGUACCAGGGUGGAUGCUCGCUACCAGUUGCCCCCAAGGAGUGUGAUGCUGCGACCCAACUUCCAUCAUCCAACUUCGAAAUACCAGAGCUCUUUGAUGUACCGAAGAGAUGACAAAUAAACUGCACAACAUGGUUCUUUGGCUUCAGAUUCUGUGGCUGUGGAUUGGACUGUGAUUAUAUUUUGCUUACACCAUGAAACACAAGGGAUGACUUUUUCAGAAUACGGUACUGACUUGUGUUAUGGCUGUAUCAGGUCUGCCCAGAACCAGUAGGGCAUUUUCUCAACUUGUUCUUUUUUACUAAGAUGUAAUUGUUAUUUGAUUGUGUUGACGGCUAACUUGUCUGCAACUUACCAAAGACUGGCAAAUACACUCACCCGAAUGUGAUUAAGUUUACAGUGUCUUAAUUGAUACUAUUUAGGUCUGAGUCAGUGAAAUAGCAAAAAUUCUAAUGUAAAGGUCCAUACACUUGCUUGGUAGAAAGUGAAAUAUACUUUUUUAGAGCCAUGAGUGAACAGAAGAAAGACAAUUCUCAGUGAUUGUCUGACCUCGGACAUGUCAUUUACAGAUUCAUUAUGCUCGAGUAGUUGUUCCACUGAUAACUUCAAGACACGUGCUCAGAAUGAGUGCUUGAAAAAAUCAACAGCUCCUUACUGGGUAGGCCUGGUAUUGCAAUUCACCAAUUGACUUGGGAUCUCAACUUGCAAAGUUGGGCAAAACCUGAUGCGUAAUAUGUUUUAGAAAAAAUUCACUUGGAGGCAAAGGUCUCAAGUAGUCAUUACCUCUAAUUUACACUGGUGUGAAUACCAGCAGAAUGAAUUUUCAUGUUUGAUAUUACAACCAAGGAAAAGUUUUUACACCUCUGUAUUAACUGUGAUAAGCUUAACUGUGAUACCUUUAGAUUGUUCCAUUUUAGUGUCUUGUAAAUGUACGUAAUUUGUUUGUGGUUUGUUGGUUCACACUAUCAAGAAUUGAUAAAGACUAUUAUAUUUGUUAAUUCUUAGCACAUUUUAGUAUUGUUUUGCACGAUUUGUGGAGCUUCAGAUUCAUAAUAUCAAGAAUAAGUAAAGACUAGUUGUAAGCCACUCUUGAUAAUAUCUAUAAAACAAACACUUUGAGAGACAGUGAUACUUCAGAGGUAAAGGAAACUUAUUAAAAAGGCACGAAAGUGUGAAAGAUUGAUGUGGAUUUUAUAAGCACUGUUGAAAUAAAAGUGUUGAAAAAAA